AUGCACUCAGGUACCGUCAUUCGAGAGGAAGUUGGUUUAUACCUAGAGAAGGCUGGAAGCGAGGUCUUAGGGAAUGCUGCUAAAGUGGUUUUAGCAAAGGAGUCAACAACAAUUGUUGGUGGUGGUAGUACACAGGAUGCAGUAAGCAAAAGAAUUGCCCAAAUUAAAAGACUUCUGGAGUGCGUUGAACAAAACUAUGAGAAGGAAAAACUUAGUGAGAAAAUUGUAAAACUCUCUGGGGGUGUUGCCGUAAUUCAGGUUCGUGCACAAACAGAAACAGAACUCAAAGAAAAGAAACUGAGAGUAGAGGAUGCACUCAAUGCAACAAAGGCAGCUGUUGAUGAAGGCAUUGUAGUUGGUGGUGGAUGCACCUUAUUGCGGCUUGCUGCCAAAGUUGAAGACAUUAAAGGAGCUCUUGAUAAUAAUGAACAAACGAUAGGAGCCAAUAUUGUCAAGAGGUCUUUGCGCUAUCCUAUGAAGUUAAUAGCCAAGAAUGCUGGUGUUAAUGGAAGUGUUGUAAAUUAUAAUUGA